AUGCCCUCCAAUGACAUAUCUAAUGAAGCUCUCAGUGAUGCUACUGCCCAGGUCCUACAAAUCCUAGCUAGAGCGCUGAAGUUGAAGGAAGGUCAUGCCGAUCACAUGAAGAUCACUGUGGAGAUGGGGAAUAUUUUGUCGCCCAAUUUUGCAAAGUAUGGGAUGUCGGCUACCUUGAUCCAUCCGGUGCUUCUCUUGGUUGCAAUGGAGUUGUUGGAACAUCUGGAUCCCAGCCAGAAAAACUUUGUCAGUGUGCCAGAGUGGAAGAAUAUCAAGGCGAAUGAUCCCCGCAUCAAGAAGCAUCCAUUAGCCGAGAAGGCAUGCCGUUUUUUGGCAUCUGGGCCCAUCCCGGAAGACACACUGCUGGCCUCUCAACUGGUGGCUGGCAUUGUAGUUCCUGCGCCAAUGCCGGCUGCUGCUGGCUCAUUCAAGCCCAAGUCAAAGGCCGGGCCUUUACCGAGGAGGAAGAAGGUGGAGGAGUUGCAUUGGGAAGGUGAUGGGAUAGAAAUUGUUCCAGCUGGCGAUGGUGGAGAUGUUGCGCCUGCGGCAAAUAAGCCAUCUGAGACGGCAAAGGCAAAGGGAAAGGGGAAAGGGAAGGGGAAAGGGAAGGCCAAGGAUGUAGCGCCACCAGAGGAUGUAGAUGAUCAGGAUGAGGUGGAGUGUGCUCAAGUGCUUGGGAUCCUGAAGAGGCGAUGGGAAUCAACUCCAAGUCGCUCACCGAUGAAGACUGAUCCAACAGCAGAACAGCAGCCAUUGUUUGGAGAUCGUCUCCCAUUGCCAAUGGCACUACCAAAGAAGCAGAAAGUUGCUCAGUCGCCGACAAUGGAAGUUGGUGAUUUGCUGAAGGAAGAUGUCAAUGCUGACAAUGAUGGUCCAGAGCUGGUGCCACGCUGUGAGCAGUGCAUCAAAGUCAAUCUUGUUUGUUACCAGGCAUAUGGUUCAACUGGCGGUGCACUGAAAGCUUGUGGCCGCUGCUCAAGGUCGAAAGCAAAGUGCUCACAUGUUAGGGCCGGCAACCAACCGACACCCACUGGCACCGAUCGCCGUACUCCUUCCGGCUCACAACAGUGUCUUGCCAGCAAAGAUAUGCUUGAAAGUGAUGAUGCUAGGAGUGGACCUGCGGUAGUGCAUUCCGUCCUGCCAAUCACGACUUUGGCAAUUGAUCAAAGCUCUCCGGCACCAGCACAAGUGUCCUUGUCCCCGAUAUUAAAUCCUCCAUCAGACUCCCUUCUGGACCACAUGGAGGACUCCGCCGCAAUGCGUGCCAAAAGUUCUGGACUGCAAGAUACUGUAAAUCACCUUCGGUCCAAACUCAACAAAUUGGAGGCUCGCAAUCUAGUCACUACUGACUUGGUCAAGGUGAUGAACAAGCGCAUUGCCAAUCAAGAACUCGACAUUGUUGCAAUGGAGGCUCUACGCACCAAGCUCGGCAACCUUCACCAACAAGUUAAGGUAUUGCAGGAUGACGCGGCAACUUGUGACCAGCAACUCCGGUGUGCUGAAGAGCAAUUGGCUCGUCAAGAGCGUACCACCGGUCUCCUUCAGGAUAGCUAUAACGGUCUGCGCCAACGUGUUAUGGCACCCAACCAGUCAUUUGCUACUACCCCUUUCCCCAAUGGCGUAUUCCUUACCAACGUACCCUACAGCGGCAACCAAAGUGUCAUUCCUCUUAGUGUUGCUCAGAUGCAAGCCUUGGAAGUGUUGUACUUGAACAUGCCGACUAGUGCAUCCAGGUUGGGGGGCCCAUUUGUAGGCAAUGUCGCCGGUGGCUCCCAGAUGUACAGUGCUGUUGGUACCAAUGUCGCCAGUGGCUCCCAGAUCAACAGUGUUGUCGGUACCAAUGUCGCCGGUGGUUCCCAUAUGAACAGUGUUGUUGGUACCAAUGUUGCCUGUGGUUCCCAGAUGAACAGUGUUGUUGGUACCAAUGUCGCCGGUGGUUCCCAGAUGGACAGUGUUGGUACCGCAAAUGUUGUUGGCAGUGCUGAUGAUGGUGGACCUGCCUUUGGCGAUUCGGCAUCAGGAAUCCGACAUGUUAAUUAG